CGCGCGGCCGCCGCCGCCGCCGCCGUCGUCUUCCACCUUCGCCUCACCGCCUCCCUCCGCGCCCGCCACCGCCGCCGCCGCCGCCCGAGCUGGGGGGGAAACGCGAAACCCCAGUGCGAUGGAGCCCGCCGCCGCGGCGGCCCCGGCGCAGCGACUCCCCGACCCCAGCCGGGAGGACCGGGCGGCGGCGGUGGCGGCGGCGGCGGCGGCUCUGGCCGCGGCGGCGGCGGCCGGGGGCGGCCGGAGCCCGGAGCCCGCCGUGCUGACCGCGAGCGGCGGGAACGGCGGCGGCGGGGCGCGGGCUGAGGCCCCCCGCGAGGCGCCGCCCGGGCCGCCGCCGCCGCCGGGCCGAGCCGGGGGUACGGGGCGCCGGCGGCGGCGCGGGACUCCUCAGCCCCCCGCCGGCGGGAUCGCCCCGGGGCCGGGGGCCGGCAGCGGCGCCAACUCGCUCCUGCUGCGAAGAGGGCGGCUGAAGAGGAAUCUGUCGGCGGCGGCGGCCGCCUCGUCGUCGUCCUCGUCCGCGUCGUCGUCGUCCUCCGCCGGGCCCGCCUCGCAGUCCCCGGGCGCCGCCGGCCUCCCCGCCUCCUGCUCGGCCUCGGCGGCGUUGUGCACCCGGAGCCUGGACCGGAAGACGCUGCUGCUGAAGCACCGGCCGAUGUUGCCGCUGCAGCCGUCGGACCGGGACUGGGUGAGGCACCAGCUCCGGCGGGGCUGCGUGCACGUCUUCGACCGCCACCUGGCCUCCGGCUACCUGCGCCCGGUGCUCUGCACGCUGGACACCACGGCGGGCGAGGUGGCCGCCCGCCUCCUGCAGCUGGGCCACAAGAGCGGCGGGGUGGUGAGGGUGCCGGGCCGGGCGGCCGGAGCCGCCGCCGCCGCCGCCGACGGCACCCCGGCGGCCGGCUCGCAGCUCGCCGCCUCGCCGUCGGACUCGGCCCCCGGCGGGAUCGCCGCCCCGGCGGGGCCCGCCGUCGGGGGUCCGCCGCGCCCCCCUCCCGCCGACCUGCCGCUGCCCGCGGGCGCCUGGCCCGCCAGCCCCGCGCCCUCGGACUCCAGCCCGGGAGACGCGUUCCCGGGAGGCCCGGCUUCCCCGCGCGGGGCCCCGCGGCGGCGGCUGGACGGCGCGCCCGCCGCCGCCACCCCGGCCUCCGACACCGAGAGCUUCAGCCUGAGCCCCAGCGCCGAGAGCGUGUCCGAUCGCCUCGACCCCUACAGCAGCGGCGGCGGCGGCGGCUCCUCGUCGUCCGAGGAGCUGGAGACCGACCCGGGGAGCCAGCCCCGACGGCCCCAGACGGCCACCCCGCCGCCGCCCCCACCGCAGAAAGCCCCCGGCGGGGCGGCCCCCGAGGGGUCUCGGGGGGACCCGGCGGCGGCGGCCCCGGGAACUCCCGUCCCCCGGCGGGGAGCCGUGGCGGAGAAGGCGCCUCCGCCGCCCACCCUGUACGUGCAGCUCCACGGGGAGACCACCCGGCGCCUGGAGGCGGACGAGAAGCCCCUGCAGAUCCAAAAUGACUACCUCUUCCAGCUGGGGUUUGGGGAACUGUGGAGGGUGCAGGAAGAAGGCAUGGACUCGGAGGUCGGCUGCCUCAUCCGCUUCUACGCAGGAAAGCCUCACAGCACCGGUAGUUCUGAACGUAUUCAGCUCUCAGGAAUGUAUAAUGUUCGCAAAGGCAAAAUGCAGUUGCCAGUGAACCGGUGGACGCGACGCCAAGUUAUCCUGUGUGGAACCUGCUUGAUAGUAUCAUCUGUGAAAGACAGCCUGACCGGAAAGAUGCAUGUUCUGCCACUAAUUGGUGGAAAGGUAGAAGAAGUGAAGAAGCACCAGCACUGUUUAGCAUUUAGCUCCUCUGGACCUCAAAGCCAGACUUACUACAUUUGCUUUGAUACUUUCACUGAGUAUUUAAGGUGGCUGAGACAAGUCUCCAAGGUUGCAUCCCAGCGUAUAAGCUCAGUGGAUCUUUCAUGUUGUAGCCUUGAACACCUGCCUGCCAAUCUCUUCUAUAGCCAAGACCUUACUCAUCUCAACUUAAAACAGAACUUUCUGAGGCACAAUCCCAGCCUCCCAGCUGCCAGAGGUCUGGGUGAGCUACAAAGGUUCACCAAGUUGAAGAGUCUUAACCUUUCCAAUAAUCACCUCGGGGACUUCCCAUUAGCAGUCUGCAGUAUUCCAACUCUGGCAGAGCUGAAUGUGUCUUGCAAUGCCCUGCGAACAGUGCCUGCAGCCGUUGGAGCUAUGCACAACUUGCAGACAUUUUUGUUGGACGGAAACUUUCUCCAGUCCCUUCCGGCUGAGCUGGAGAACAUGUACCAGCUCAGUUAUCUUGGUCUUUCAUUCAAUGAAUUCACUGACAUUCCAGAGGUGCUGGAGAAGUUGACUGCUGUGGAUAAACUUUGUAUGUCUGGAAACUGUAUGGAGACCCUUAGGGUACAGGCUUUAAGAAGAAUGCCUCACAUUAAACAUGUAGAUCUAAGACUGAACAUAAUUAAGAAGCUUGUAUCAGAUGAAGUGGAAUUUCUGCAACAUGUCACUCAGCUGGACCUACGAGAUAAUAAACUUGGUGAUCUAGAUGCUAUGAUUUUCAACAACAUCGAAGUUCUGCAUUGUGAACGGAAUCAAUUGGUGACAUUAAACAUUUGUGGCUAUUUCCUAAAAGCACUCUAUGCCUCCUCUAAUGAACUUGUUCAACUUGAUGUUUACCCAGUUCCAAAUUAUCUUUCUUAUAUGGAUGUUUCAAGGAACCACUUAGAAAGUGUGCCUGAGUGGGUGUGUGAAAGCCGAAAGUUAGAAGUUUUGGAUAUUGGCCAUAAUCAAAUAUGUGAACUUCCUGCCCGCUUAUUUUGCAACAGCAGUCUCCGGAAAUUGCUAGCAGGACACAACCAAUUGGCAAGGCUGCCUGAAAGGCUAGAAAGAACGUCGGUGGAGGUCUUAGAUGUGCAACACAACCAGCUCAUUGAGCUACCUCCUAACCUUCUCAUGAAGGCUGACAGCCUCAGAUUCCUGAAUGCAUCUGCAAACAAACUGGAAAGCCUUCCUCCAGCCACUCUUUCUGAAGAGACAAGCAGUAUCUUACAGGAGUUGUAUUUGACAAAUAACAACCUCACCGAUAAGUGUGUACCCUUAUUAACAGGACACCCCCAUCUGAAAAUCCUUCACAUGGCCUAUAACCGACUUCAGAGUUUUCCAGCAAGUAAAAUGGCAAAACUGGAGGAACUUGAAGAAGUUGAUAUCAGUGGGAACAAGCUGAAAGCCAUUCCAACAACCAUCAUGAAUUGCAGGCGCAUGCAUACGGUGAUUGCUCACUCCAAUUGCCUUGAAGUCUUCCCGGAAGUUAUGCAGCUCCCAGAAAUCAAGUGCGUGGAUCUGAGCUGUAAUGAGCUAAGCGAAGUCACCUUACCUGAAAACCUGCCUCCCAAACUACAAGAGCUAGACCUGACUGGAAACCCUCGCCUCGCUCUCGAUCACAAAACCCUGGAGCUGCUCAAUAACAUCCGCUGCUUCAAGAUCGAUCAGCCUUCAGCAGUUGAUGCAUCUGGAGCCCCAGCGGUGUGGAGCCAUGGUUACACUGAAGCUUCUGGAGUGAAAAACAAGUUGUGUGUUGCAGCCCUGUCUGUGAAUAACUUCCGCGACAACCGAGAGGCCCUGUAUGGUGUAUUUGAUGGAGAUCGGAAUGUGGAGGUACCCUAUCUUCUCCAGUGUACUAUGAGUGACAUUUUGGCUGAAGAGUUGCAGAAAACCAAAAAUGAGGAAGAAUACAUGGUCAACACAUUCAUAGUAAUGCAAAGGAAACUUGGAACUGCUGGGCAGAAACUUGGAGGUGCUGCUGUCCUUUGUCAUAUCAAGCAUGACCCUGUUGACCCAGGAGGGUCCUUUACCUUGACUUCCGCUAAUGUGGGCAAGUGCCAAACUGUUCUCUGUAGAAAUGGGAAGCCAUUGCCUCUGUCUAGAUCUUAUGUCAUGAGCUGUGAAGAAGAACUGAAGAGAAUUAAGCAGCACAAGGCCAUUGUCACCGAGGACGGCAAGGUGAACGGAGUGACGGAAUCCACGCGCAUCUUGGGCUACACCUUCCUCCACCCCAGUGUGGUCCCUCGCCCCCAUGUGCAGUCGGUGCUCCUCACCCCCCAGGAUGAGUUCUUCAUCCUGGGCAGCAAGGGGCUGUGGGACAGCUUGUCCAUCGGGGAGGCCGUGGAGGCCGUGCGCAACGUGCCCGAUGCCCGGGCUGCGGCCAAGAAGCUCUGCACCCUCGCCCAGAGCUACGGCUGCCACGACAGCAUCAGCGCCGUGGUGGUCCAGCUCAGCGUCACGGAGGACAGCUUCUGCUGCUGCGAGCUCGGGGCCGGCGGCAGCGUGCCCCCGCCCAGCCCGGGCAUCUUCCCGCCCUCCGUCAACAUGGUGAUCAAGGACCGGCCCUCCGACGGGCUGGGCGUGCCGUCCUCCAGCAGCGGCAUGGCGUCCGAGAUCAGCAGUGAGCUGUCCACCUCGGAGAUGAGCAGCGAGGUGGGCUCCACCGCCUCUGACGAACCCCCAUCCGGAGCCCUCAAUGAGAGCAGCCCCGCCUACCCCAGCGAGCAGCGCUGCAUGCUCCACCCCGUCUCCCUGUCCAGCUCUUUCCAGCGCCAGCUGUCCAGCGCCACUUUCUCCAGCGCCUUCUCCGACAAUGGCCUGGACAGCGACGACGAAGAGCCCAUCGAGGGCGUCUUCAGCAACGGCAGCCGGGUGGAGGUGGAGGUGGACAUCCACUGCGGCCGGGCCAAGGAGAAGGAGAGACCGCAGCCCCUGCUCCACGUGCCAGCCGAGGCCAGCGACGAGGGCAUCGUCAUCAGUGCCAACGAGGACGAGCCGGCUCUGCCCAGGAAGGCGGACUUCUCCGCCGUGGGGACCAUCGGGCGCCGCAGGGCAAAUGGCUCUGUGGCCCCCCAGGAAAGGAGCCACAACGUGAUAGAGGUUGCCACCGAUGCCCCGCUCCGAAAGCCCGGAGGCUAUUUUGCUGCCCCGGCUCAGCCCGACCCUGAUGAUCAGUUUAUCAUCCCCCCAGAGCUAGAAGAGGAAGUCAAGGAGAUCAUGAAACACCACCAAGAGCAGCAGCAGCCGCCGCCGCCGCAGCCCCAGCCGCCGCCGCCACGGCCGUUCCACCUGGACCAGCUGCCGGACUCGUACGACACGCCGCUAUGACCCCGCGCAGCACUGCUCUGUAACAAUAAACUAACCCAGAAAGACCGAGCAGUCUCCUAGGUCCCGUUAACCAGGGCUUCUACUCCAGGGCCGCCCAGACACUGCCCCACUCUCUGCAGCUAAUCUCUAGGCUCUUUCUGUUGGUUAUUUUUUUUAAAAAGAAAUAAUUACCACUUUUCUUCUAGUGAUGCUUUAUGAAUAUGAUUUAAAUUUGUUAACUUUUUUUCCCUAACAUAUCAGAUGUGUAAAGACAAAGAACAAAAGGUUUAAUAUAUUACAGAGAAACAGUUAAUGAUAAUGUAAUAUUUUUUAAAAUGGCUUUUCGUUGUCUUGUUUGUUUGGAAGGCAGGGCAGCUUGCCUUUGCUAAAUGAUUUAAUAAUAUUGUGAUACUGUAUUUCUUGGCGGGGGGGGCUUUUUUUUUUUUGUCUUGAAAAUGAUAGACAUUUGUAGAAUAUGGAGACUAACUCCUAGGAGUUGCUUUACUCUGUCAGGUGACUUAAGUCACUGGGACUCACUAAUUUUCUCUGAGAGAACAGUUGAUUGAGAAAUUUCUAUUGUAAAUAGCUCCGUGUUAUAUAGUGAUGCUUCAGAUGUUUUGUAGUCUUGGUGUAAGGACACAGCCUAAAUUACUGACUUCUCUUCUCCCCCCUCUGGGGAGCCCUCCCUGCCCUGUCCGCACACCUAGCUCACCUUCAGCCGAGGCUUUGGCAAGCUCAUUUUUUGUUCCGAUAAGACAAGGCAGCUCUGAGGCCACCAGGCCGGGUCCUGCCCGGGCCUGGAACCUGUUUGCUUCCUCCCCGAGCCGCACCGCUUGACCUUUGCAGACACGUUUUAAUUGUGUUCCUUACUGCGGCCACAAUCAGCAUGACUGUUUAGAGACCAUAGACCAUUUACAUACCCAGAGUCCUAUUAAAGCAGAAUGCACAAAUGGACAUGUCAUCAUUUUUGUUAUAAUAAACAUGAAAUUUACAA